AUGGUGGAUCUCGAGACCUACAAGAAGCUACAUCCCGAUAGCGAUACCCUUACAAAACGGCCACCAUCUUCAGGCUCGAACAGCCUCGAUAACAGUUACAUGUCAGAGGAAAGUCCAGAGCUUGGAGAUGACUUCUUUAUUUGCCUUCCAACAUCUAUAUUCGGCUUCAACAUGGAUAACAGAACAUGGGACAACUUGGAUGUGCACUUCCUACGCGACGUCGUUUGGAACACUGAGGCUUUCAAACUUCUCGUUGUUCCUGAUCAAACAAAGCUUCUUGUACAAGCUGUAGUCAUGAACCAACUUCGAUCUACGGAGAGUGCUGACAUCAUUCCUGGAAAAGGCAAUGGGCUUUUCAUUCUUCUUCAUGGAGGUCCUGGUACAGGCAAGACACUCACAGCAGAAAGUGUAGCUGAGAUUGCAAAAAAGCCUUUAUAUCGAGUGACAUGUGGUGAUAUCGGCACAAAGGUUGAGGAAGUUGAAGAUUAUCUUCACGUUGUCCUGCAUCUUGGGAAAACCUGGGGCUGCGUUGUACUUCUAGAUGAGGCAGAUGUCUUCUUAGAGCAGCGAUCUAUGUUCAACCUCGAGCGAAAUGCUCUUGUGUCUGUAUUCUUGCGCGUCCUGGAAUACUACGAUGGUAUUUUUACCUCCUCUGACAAGAUAAACGUCUCAUUAACUGAUGUCAAGGCAUCAUAA